AUGGCAUCAUUUAAGUGUCCACCAAGCGCACGUCUACAGUUAAGAUCCGCCAAACAGUCGAUGCAUGAAUGCCUAAUUUCUGAGAACGUCAAUGUCAGCAAUACUUGGACUAUGCCGCAAGAAGGACUCAAUGUUUUCUAUCGCUUCUUCCGUGAUCGAAUAUCCUGGUUCGAAGCAGAUGCCGUUUGCCAAUUCCAUCAUGCCAAUCUGGUGACAGUUGAUAAUAGCUUCCAAUUUGAUGCGACAAGGGAUCUUCUGCGCGAGCUGGAUGUGAACGAUAUUGUUUGGAUCGGUUUGAUGAGGCCGCAGAGCUCAGAACGUUUUAUGUGGUCCAAUUCUCGCCCACUGGUCACCGACACUGGCUACUGGGCCGAAUCAUUGCCACUAAUGGAUGCACCACUCUGCGCCGUCAUCGACCCCAUACGCGAUUAUCGUUGGCACGCGCUGCGCUGCGGCGGCCCCGAGACUGCAUCGUUCCUCUGCGAAAUGCCGGUGCCUUCCUGGGCUGACGCUUGCAUACUCAAGGAUAUGCCCAAUCUGACUAUGCAAUAUAUGGCUGAUACGGCAAGCAUUGAAUUGAUACGGAAUUGCGCAGAGGAGGGCCUGUUAAAGCAGUCGUGCAAAGGAAAGCAGGAUCGCGAUCGAGCUUUGCGUAAUCUGAUCUGUCCUCGCGAGCGUCUCGAAGCACAACGCAUCAACGACAUAACCAAUUCUCACUUCAAAUCACUCCAAAUCAUCAAUAGCAUUCGCACGGACAACAACGAAAACAACGAUAUCGAACUUCUACCGCUAGGGGAAACCUCUUAUGGCUCGGCCAGCAGCAGUGACCUUUCUGAGCAGGUACAGACCGAAAAGAAUACUGUACAACGACUCAUCGAGCAAUUCAAUGUGGACGAACUGAUGCAGGCUGAUGAGGCGCCAAUACCCAUGAGCAAUUACCAUAUACCAGGCGAGAUACCGAAACCGGUGAAGAAGGCAGCCAAGAAGGUGAUUGUGACUAGCGACGGUGAUUACCAGAAAAAGAAUCGAGCACAGAAAUAUGAUGAAACCAUUCAAUUACCACCACCAACGCCAAAACCAAAGAAGCAACAACAGUUAUUGGCUUUGGAAGAUAUGAUGCUAGGCGAUCAACCACAACAAAGUGGUGAACCGGAAAUGAUGGAGCACGUUGGCCCCGAAGAUGAUGAGGUGUCUAAUGAAAUAACGGAACCAUUGCCACACAAGAAAAAAGUGCUACCGCAAGAUCUAAAGACAAUGGCGCCCAUAACCGAGAAGUCGUCGGAGGAGACAGUGAGCGAAGAGAAGCAAGCGCAGAGAAUGAAAGAGGAGAUGCAGAAAAGAGUACUUUUUGAUGCCACUUUGGCAACCACUAGCACAACAAGCAGCAAUAUAGUAGUACCCAUAGCUAGAACAACAACAACUACUACCACCACUACUACCACAACCGCAGCACCGACAACAGUCGCGCCCAGCAGCACUGGAAUACCAACAUUGGCCCCGUCUUCAAGCAUCACCCAAAGUGCAAAUGAAAAUCAAGCCACAAUAACAACUCAGAAAGAUGCAGUCAGUUCAAGCACUGAAACAGCGCCCACUAUUACGCCUCCAGUUCAUCCUGCACCUGUUACAACUACAAGCGCGCACUCUUCAACCGAGUCGGAAUUGCACGUAUACUCCUCUUCAAUGCUCAGCAGCUCGUCAGCUCCUCAUACGUCCCCUAAAUCAAUUGAUUUCGAUGAAUUUGCUACUGAGUUACCCGCAACCAUAGGCCAUCCAAUGCAUCCACAACAACAGCAGCAGCGAGGCAAUAUUAUCACUGAGGAGUCACAGCAUCCACAUGUAAAGGAAUCGGCAGACAAUUCGCAUUUCAUACCACCUAUGUUGUUGGUGAAGUCGCAUUAUGUGCCACCGCUGAAGCAUAAUGAGCAUUCGGGUGCUGAACACCAUGGCAAUGGGAUGCAUGAGGGAGCGGUUAUGCAUGCUGGACAUGGGGAGCUCACAGUGGGUGCGGGUAAACCCAGUGAAGGCGUAUCCCACCACAGCACUCCAACCAACCACACACACCCUGUAUCAACGCCAAGUCAUACGACAACUGUGAAAGCUGAUAAAUCUGAUCUUGAAGCGCAGACUACAAUAACGCUGACCACCACAAUGGCAGCAAUAAAAUCAGCAGCAGCAGCAGCAGCAGCAACAACAGUAGCCACAAAAGCUGAUGUUGACGUUUUGACAAAGCAACCGACCGAUGAAUUGUCAGUAAAAGAACAACAACAGCCAACUGCGAAGUUAAUUGACAGCACGACUGUGGCAGCAAAACCACAACAACAGCAACAAAGCGGCCAACAAACUAGUAUUAAAGCUCAGCCGCAAGCUGAAAGUAAUACAGAGAAAAUACGAAAAAAUAACGAAGAAGUUAUUGCAACUACAACAACAACAAAAACGACAGGCUCACAUACGCCUACAACGCCAUUAGCCACGGUCGCAUCCGCUGUUAACAAGCACCAUUCAACAACAUCGCCGUCAACAAGAACAGCAACAACAACAAUAAAAACGCAGACGACAGUAAAAACAACAGAACCGGCAACCACAAUGAGAACUGCUGACGCCGUCGUGACACAUGAAAUUGAGAAGUCAGUAAAGCGGAACUCGCAGACAAAGGACUCUGAGGAGCUUACAAAAGAAAUGACAGUGAAGACAACUAAUAUAGCAGCGGAAACCCUGGUCACCACAGCAAUAGCAACAGCAGGGGCAGAUGAAUUGCAAACAAUGAAGGGCCCAAGCACAACACAUAAGCUACUACUCGACGAGCAAACAAAAGCAACGACAACAACAACAGCAGCACCAGCCGCAGCAAUACCAGGCGGAAGCGCAGCUAUGGUGACCGGAGUGCCAUCAACGCCAACCUUGGCUACAGUGACUACAAGUACUGCUGGCGCUACCGCUUCGGCAGCAACAGCCACAACAGCCACGCAUACAAUAACAACAACUACAGCAUGCAACAGUGACACAGAUAUGGAGUCAACAACUGCCAGCGGCGCUACAGACGAGAGUUCUGCAACCGAAGGCGCCGAUGGCAAGAAGCUGACGCGUGUACACCGCACUUGCCAGCCACGCAUCGAGAAAAGCAGAGGCAAGCAUAAGAAUCAUCAUGCCGCAACUACCGAACAGCCAACGCCGACACGGAACUUCUUAAAAGAAACCACAGAAACGCCACCCUACAAGCCAAAUCGUCAUCGCGUGCUGACCCAGCCGGAAACUGUCAGCUAUUUUAAGAAAAUAUUAGGUUAAGCGGAAAAUGGCGAGCGAUAGAGGGAUAGGAAGGAUGGAGGAAAGGAAGGUAAAUAGACGAAAGUGAGCAAUGUGGUAGAAGGUAGUGAUGGAGAGAUGAAAGAAGCAAAGGGGCAAGCGAAAAAGCUUAGAAAUGAUUUACUUGGCAUCACAUACGAGCAAGGAGAGGUAAAAUAAAAUUGUACGUAGGUAUAAAGCAGCUAAGUUUUUUAGGUAUGAAUACAUAUAAGAGGCAUAGUAGCAGCCGUAGAAGUAGUCGAGAUGGCGCGCAGUGAAAAGAGUAGCUGGAAAAGUACAGCUUAAGCUAAAACAUACAAGAAAAAGUGCAGCAGUAGCAGAUGAAAGUGUUGCGAGCAGCAUUUCUUUGUUUUCAAACCGGGAAACCAAUAAGAAAAAAAAAAGAAUCUAUGGGUUAUGAAUGAAAUAUUAAUGUAGGAUGUCAAUUUUGAGAGCUAAGAUAGAUAUGGAUUGGAAAGGGUUUAGAAAAAGCAUCUAAGCAACAUAAAUUCAUUUCGCACAUUUCGAUGGGGUCUUUGAAUUGCGCACCAGUUUUAUACUAAAUAAAUACUGCGAAAGAAGAAGCAGACAAUUUAAGUGCAAAAAUAGCUAAGGCUCAAGAUGGGAGAAGCGAAAAAGAGAGAGAAAUGGUUAGAUAAAUACUGGUAGGUUUUUGAAAAACAAAAACAAAAAUCAACAAGAAAUAUAAGGCCAAAGGAAAUUUUAGUAUCAUCGUUUAGAUUUACACACACCAACACUUACACAAGUCUACAAGUCUACUUAUACUUACAAAUAAGCAAACACCAAAUAUGACUUAACAUACAAAAUGACGUUAUACAUUUUUAGUGUAUUACAACAAAAACAAAAGAAAGGGAAGUUACAGCGUUUAAUAAUUCAUUCUACAAACAAUUUUAUCUGUCAAUAUCACUGUCGAGUUUUCUACUAAGAAUAACGCUAUUCACUAAGAAAGCCAAGAUACUAUACUUUAAUAUAUACUUCCGCUAGCACAACAAGUAAAAUAUGUAGGUGUUAUUCUAGAUCCCAAACUCAGCUGGUGACCCAAUGUAGAAUACAGAGUGAAGAAAGCUAAUAUAGGACUUAACACGUGUAAGAGAAUGUUGGGUAAAAAAUGGGUUCUUGAACAAAAGCUAUACAAUUGAUCCUACACAGCCAUUGUAAGAUCGUUACUAACAUAUGCGGCACUAGUCGGGUGACCCGCUAUUGAAAAUAAAUACAUGCAAGCUAAUUUGAGGUGAUAAGGUAAGAAUGGAUCUUAACCACAGGAGCACUUAGUAGCACUGCCACCGAAGCGCUUAACAUACUAACGCAUCUAUUACCAUUGGACUUUCAUUUAAAAGCGAUCGCUACAUGCAACGCAGUGAGACUCAGAGACAUACGAAGCUGGACAAAAAGUUCGUACGGUCACAGCAAGAACCUCCUACAGGGACCCGCACUGCUCGAAAACAAAUCAGACUACAAAAUUCCCAACGUUACCUUAACUUGAAGAAAGAUUUUAGAGAGCCGAAUAUAGGAAAGGUGAUUGGCAGAUUCGACAUUCAAAUCUACAUUGAUGGUUCUAAAAUGAACUAUACUGUGAAGCUGGCAUAUAUUCGAAGCCGCUUAAAUUAUCCAAAUCAGUUCGGCUUCCUGACUAUGCCUGCGUAUUCCAGGCAGUACCAAUAGCAAUCAGAGAAGCAUGCAAAUCACUAGAACAUUACAGAGAAGUAGGUGCAAGAGUAGCUAUCUUUUCAGACAGUCAAACAGCUAUCAAGGCCUUAGAUUUUGAUUCCAUUUCAUCCAAACUAGUUUUACAGUGUAGAAAGGAACCGGAAUUGCUUUGUCAAUGGCUUCAAAUUACUUUAAUAUGGGCUCGCAGUCAUACGAAUAUAGAGGGUAAGAAGAUAGUGGAUGAGCUAGCAAGAAGAGGUUCGGUAUAAAACAUAAGAUAACAGAAAGAAAGUGGAAGCUACACUACAACAAGAAAGGCAUGGCCGACGUACACCAUCCAGAGGCUGAACUUCCUGUUAGGACCCUCUCGCCCAAGCAACUCACGUAAUACUGCAAUCAUUGCGGGUCACUGGAAGGUAGACGAUUAUGCAGUCAUUCUCAACCAUUCAAAUCUACAGAAGUCGUCAGGCGGAGGAGUUGAAAGAAAGUCCUUUCCACCAGUUAUGCCAAUAUCCAGUUUUAGGUUGAGUAAGACUUUGCUCUUUUGGUAAGCCUUUCUCACGGCAAAUUAAUGAAAUCUUAAACGUAGAGAUAAAAAGUUUGCUGCUGUACUUUGAUCUCAUGAAAUAGAUCUGGCUCAAAUAAAAGAAGAAAAACAAAAAACAAUAAGACAUCAAAGAGUACAGUGGUAGUAGAACGGAGGUAGUCGCUAAGUAGGAUUAUUUUAGUCGAAAUACUGAACCACUUCAACAGCAACAACAGCAAAAUUUGGUAAGGAAUUGCAAAACUAGACACAAAUUUGUAUCCCAAAGUGGAACUAUUCGAAAUUAAAGCCACAAAAUGGUUCACAAAUUUAAAGCAUUAGUAGAUUACUCGGCUUUGUCUGAUAUUGGCAGGCACAUUCACACAUGCAUACGUGCAUACAUACAUACAUACACACAUUCGAGUUCGAGUUGCAUUUCUAACAGCAAUUAAAUGUUUAACAGAUUGAAAUAUAUUAAAUAGUUUAUAAUUUCUAAGCUUAAUAUGAAUUUAUGUAAUGAAUGGUGAAAAACUUAAAAACAAACAAAGAAACAACAAAAAAACAACAAAGAAAAAAACCCAAAAAAACAUAAUAAGCAAAUGCAGAAGUUAGCAAACAAUUUUGUGCAGUACCAAAAGCGCACAACCGAAAAGUGAAUACAAACAAACAAACAUACACACUGGCACACAUGAAUGUCAACAAAAACAACACAUUUUAUUACUCAUUAUGUACAAUUCAAAACAAAAAUUACCGUAAAAUCGUUUUUAAAUUGAACAACCAGAGAAAUGCGUUCAUGUGCGCAUUUAUGUGCUUAUGUGCUUACAUGCAACAACAACAAGCAGGCACAAAAAAUUUAAAACAAUUUAAAGUAUUGUAAUAAUUAAAACAAACUAAAUAACUAUUAAUAAAGAGAUUAAUUAAUAAAUAAUAAAUGAUUAUGAAAAUUUAUUGAGUCAACUUUGUAAUGUGCGCAAGUGUGUGUGCAUGUGAUAUGUGUAUGUGUGUCUGUGUGUGCGCAUAACUGCGUAUUAUGCAUUAAUUCAAUAAUUAUUGAAAGCAUAUUGUAGACACAGGGUAUGAACAAACACACACACAUACAAAAAAGGCACACACAUACAAACAAACAGUCAUGCACACACAGCAACCGCCAAGUUCAAUAAACAGUAUUUUUUUUUUUUUGGAUUUUCAUCAAACGAAUUAAAUUAUUUGUUUGCGCAUGUAUUGGUGAGGUGAAUUGCGAACAAUGCUGUCGCAAAACAAACCGAAAACAAAAUAAUUAAAAUUUUCACUAAUGAAUAUUUGUUGUGCGAUUGUGAAAAAGCAACAACAACAACAAGCCCCUUAUAAAAACCCAUACACUUUGUGAAACGGUAUUGCAAACAAUGAGUAAAAGGAAAUAUACAACACAAUUAAACGGAAUUU